AUGAACUUUGCCGAGGAAGAAGGCUCUAAGCGCUACUGCAUCCGCUCCACACAUGUGGCCAUCAUCUGCACCGUGGUGGUGGCGGUGGGGCUGAUCGUGGGGCUCUCCGUGGGCUUAACCAGGACGUGUGCGUCCAGCCAGGACCCCGCUCCGGCUCCAUCUCCCCAGCAUCCCACCGCCAGCCCCUCGGAUCUUCCUCCCCACGACCCGAGCGUCUGUCCCGCCAGCCUAGACGAAAGCGGAGCGUGGAUCAACUUCAGGCUCCCCGAGUUCGAUCCCGAGCACUACGACCUGGAGGUGCGGCCGGUGCUGGAGGAGGACAGCUACACGGGCCGCGUGAGCAUCGCCGUGCGCCUGAGCGCGCCCACGCCGCACCUGUGGCUGCACCUCCGCGACGCCCGCAUCACGCGGCUCCCCGAGCUGCGCGCGCCCUCGGGGCGGCCGCUGCGGGUGAGGCGCUGCUUCGAGUACAAGAAGCUGGAGUACCUGGUGGUGGAGGCGGAGGAGGAGCUGAAGCCCACCGGGGCCAGCGGCCCCUACGUCCUGAGCCUGGACUUCGCGGGCUGGCUGAACGGAUCCCUAGUGGGCUUCUACCGGACCACCUACAUCGAGGACGGGAAGAUCAAGAGCAUAGCAGCCACUGAUCACGAACCAACUGAUGCCAGGAAAUCUUUCCCUUGUUUUGAUGAGCCCAACAAAAAGGCCACUUUCACAAUAUCUAUUGUCCACUCCAAUGAAUAUGAGGCCCUCUCAAAUAUGCCAGUAGAGAAAAAAGAAGCACUGGAUGCCAAAUGGAAUCGAACAACUUUUGAGAAGUCAGUUCCCAUGAGUACUUACUUGGUCUGCUUUGCUGUGCACCAAUUUACCUCCAUAAAGAAAAUGUCAAAUAGCGGAAAACCGCUCACUAUUUAUGUCCAGCCACAGCAGAAACACACAGCAGAGUAUGCAGCAGCCAUAACUAAAACUGUGUUUGAUUAUUUUGAAGAAUACUUUGCUAUGAAUUAUUCUCUGCCCAAAUUAGACAAAAUUGCUAUUCCAGACUUUGGUACUGGGGCCAUGGAGAACUGGGGACUGGUCACUUACAGAGAGACAAAUCUACUCUAUGACCCGCAGGAGUCGGCCUCCUCCAACCAGCAGAGAGUGGCCAGUGUGAUCGCCCAUGAGCUUGUACAUCAGUGGUUUGGAAAUAUCGUGACCAUGGACUGGUGGGAAGACUUGUGGCUAAAUGAAGGAUUUGCUUCUUUCUUUGAGUUCCUCGGAGUAAACCAUGCAGAAAAGGAUUGGCAAAUGCGUGACCAGGUAUUAGUUGAAGAUGUAUUACCUGUACAGGAAGAUGAUUCUUUAAUGUCUUCCCAUCCCAUUGUCGUCACGGUCACAACCCCAGCUGAAAUCACAUCUGUGUUUGACGGGAUAUCAUACAGCAAGGGAGCUUCUAUCCUGAGAAUGCUUGAAGACUGGAUGACACCAGAGAAAUUUCAGAGAGGAUGUCAGAUUUACCUGAAAAAAUUCCACUUCAAGAAUGCAAAAACUUCAGACUUUUGGGAAGCACUUGAAGAGGCAAGUAAUCUCCCAGUGAAAGAAGUAAUGGACACAUGGACCAGCCAGAUGGGCUACCCCGUGCUCAACGUGAACAAUCGGAGAAACAUCUUGCAGCAGCGCUUCCUGCUGGAUACCCAUGCCGAUCCUUCCCAACCACCCUCAGCCCUGGGUUACACAUGGAAUAUUCCAGUUAAAUGGACCGAAAACAAUGUAUCAAGCAUUGUAGUCUACAAUAGGUCAGAAAAAGGAGGGAUCACUUUGAACUCUCCUAAUCCUGAUGGAAAUGCUCUUCUCAAAAUAAACCCAGAUCAUGUUGGGUUUUAUCGUGUAAAUUAUGAAGGAGAAACUUGGUUCCGGAUAGCAACAGAGCUUUCUUCAAACCACAAGGACUUUUCCUCUGCUGACCGGGCAAGUCUUAUUGAUGAUGCUUUUGCCUUAGCAAGAGCUCAACUUCUAGAUUACAAAUUGGCUUUCAACUUGACCAUGUAUCUUCAAAAGGAAGAGGACUUUUUACCAUGGCAGAGGCUCAUUUCAGCAGUAACCUACAUCAUUAGCAUGUUUGAAGACGAUAGAGAGGUCUAUCCAGUGAUUAAGGAAUACUUCCGAAGUCAAGUGAAGCCCAUUGCCGACAGUCUGACAUGGGAAGACACCGGCAGCCACAUCACUAAGUUGCUCCGGGCCUCUGUGCUGAGGUUUGCAUGUAAGAUGGAAGAUCAAGAUGCUCUCAACAAUGCUUCACGGUUAUUUCAGAGUUGGAUUGCUGGCAAUGGAAGCAUUCCUGUGAAUCUCAGGCUCCUGGCCUAUCAGUAUGGAAUGCAAACAUCUGGAAAUGAGACUUCAUGGAAUUAUACGCUAGUCCAAUACCAGAAAACCUCACUGGCUCAAGAAAAAGAAAAGCUACUCUACGGAUUAGCAUCUGUGCAAGAUGUUGCUCUUUUGGGAAGGUUUUUGGAAAUGCUCAAGGACCCAAACCUUAUUAAAUCUCAGGAUGUGUUCACAGUCAUCCGAUAUAUCUCCUAUAACAGCUAUGGGAAGACAAUGGCCUGGAAUUGGAUACAGCUCAACUGGGACUUUCUAGUGACCAGGUACACAAUAAACGACAGAAACCUUGGCCGUAUUGUUACCAUUGCAGAGCCAUUCAACUCUGAGCUACAACUCUGGCAGAUGGAGAGCUUUUUUGCAAAAUACCCAGAAGCUGGUGCAGGAGAAAAACCUAGACAACAAGUGCUGGAAACAGUGAAAAACAAUAUUGAAUGGCUAAAACUAAACAGAGACUCCAUAAGAGAAUGGUUCCUUGGCUUACCUAAUAAUGGCUAAUGUGUUCAGAAUGUCCUAUUUUAAUUUUGUGGCUUCUCUUACUGAGCAUCUGUAAUCUAAUUUACUAGCUCUGCAGACAGAACCUUCUAAAUGGAUACUGCUUUUUGCUAAAUACUGUGUAUGUCUUGCAAAGCCUUUAAAUUAUCCCUUUUUGUUUAUGAAGAAAGAUACUAAUGGAGUAUUUAAUAUACUCAGGGAUUUCUUCUAAGUAUACUUCAUAGGAGAUUCUUUACAAACUGAAGAGAAUUUCAUAGUCAUUUUUAAUGUCUUUAAAUAUCACUCGAUAUCUUAAAUCUGUGAAAAUAGAACAAUUUGGUCUUAGCUUUACAUUUUUAGUACCACAGAAACACCACAUAAUCUUCUCUCUUGAUUGAUUUUUAAAGUUUAAAUAUCAGUACUUGAGGGACAUAUUACCAUCUUAAUCUUUAUUUUAUUAUUCAGAAUUAUAUAGAUCUCAUAUCAUUUUCUUCACAUAUGUCUUACCACUUUAAAUCCUACCAAGGUUACCUGGCUUUAAGUUUUGCUCAAGGACUGAAUGAAUUAGCCAAGGAAACGGCUGACUGUUGCCUUUGCUUUUAUAAAAUCAACAUGAAACCUCUUUUUUUUUUCAAAAUAAAUCUAAAUUAUUACUUUGACAAAAA